AUGGAUGGUCGUGGAACAUUCCUAGUUCUUUUGAUUUUCGGCUAUUUCAGGAGCUCGCAGGCCAAAUUUGUUUGGAGUACGGGUGGAGCAUCUUCGCUUUUUGUGGCCAUCGCUUUGCCUUUGGACUUACGGUUUGAAAAAGCCUUUUUGUCUUAUAAUUUUGAAGUGUCCUACGAUUUGCCAAGAACCUGGAAAAAGAAACCACCGUUUUUGCGACAUGGAAAUGGCACGAAUGAUGAAAGUUUACUGAGUGAUCACCAUGGCCAUCAUCAGAAUGAUGAUUUCGUUUACGAUGACUAUUACGAUGAUGAUCAGCACUCUGGUAACAAGCACAAGCACAAACACCAUCAACAUCAUCAUGAUAAGAAAAAGAAGAAGACUAAACCUAAGCCCGGUUCAGAUACCAAGCCACCGAAAAAUAAGCCCAAGCAUAAGCAUAAGAAAAAGCAUAAGUCAAAACCAAAGCCACCGCCAGAAGUGGAUGAGGAUGACUACAAGGACUUCUUCCAGGGAUUUCCCUUGGAUGGCAUGGGUGAAUCUGUGGGCAGAGAUCGCCAGAGGAGGUCACUACUCUCACGUACCAAGUUCUAUGAGAUUAUCAAUCAUCGGUUCGAAUUGCAUGGACUAGGCUCGGACGACAGUUGUUUAUUAAGACUGAUUUGCGAGGCAAACAGCUACCAAUUGGGAGAUCUCAAUGGUGUGCUGGGUAACUUAAUCCAUGUAAUGUUCAGUCCCAGCAGUUCUCGGUAUGAGGAGUUACCUAAGCGUUACUACAUCGCAGAAUUGGAUGGUCGGAAUGGCAACUGCGGGGGCUAUCGACCGCAAUGUGAGCGUAGUGUGCUCGACAUGAUCACGCAACCUGUGAAAAAUAAAAACAAAGUGCACUAA